UUGAAAUUUAUAAAUGAGAAAAUUGAAUUCUGGAAGUAGAGUUAAUAAUAUUUGGAAUUUUUUAGUGUAUGUAAGAUUAAGAGACGUGACUUUAAAUUGGAACUAGAAAGCAGAACACGUAUCAUUUUUUUGUUAAAGGGUUUGUCAGAACACGUAUCCUUGCGUCCUCUAUUCUCUAUCCCUCAAUUUCUUCUUCUUUUCCAACUCUGUACUGGUUAUCGAAACAGAGCCAAUAUAAUACAAAGAAGAUGAAGCAAGACGAGACAGUCGAGCAAGAAAGGGAAGACUUGUAUCAGACAGAGACAGACAACGAUGACGAAGAAAGCCACGCCGAGAGCUCCGUUCCGUCAACUCCGUUAUCUCGUAACGGAUCCAAUAACGAUCCGGUCCCGUGGCCUCGAAGUUAUCGACAAUCUAUGGAUUUGUUGACCGGACUUACACCUCCGAUUAGGACGAGUUUUGUCUCUUCAUUUCACAAGAGACGACAAAGCUCUGUUUUCGGUUCAUUUACUUCUUCACCAAGCAAACAACAACUUCUCAUCGACAAAGAUGAGACCCAAAACUCUGUUGUAACAUCGAUCAAAUCAUUUAUUGCUUCUCAUCUCAAGCUAUCAGCCCCGGAGGAUCUUUCGAUUCCCCAAGAAAACCGCAGUUGCACGUUCUCUCAAUCCGUUCUCAACGGAAUCAAUGUUCUUUGUGGAGUAGCUUUACUUACAAUGCCUUACGCAGUGAAAGAAGGAGGAUGGCUAGGGCUUCUCAUACUCGUCUCCUUCGGAAUCAUAACUUGCUACACAGGUGUUCUCCUCAAGAGAUGUCUCGAGAAUUCGCCCGGAAUCCACACUUACCCGGACAUCGGUCAAGCUGCAUUCGGCACCACUGGUCGCAUCCUCGUCUCUAUACUUCUAUAUGUGGAGUUAUAUGGAUGUUCCCAAACACCUCCUUAUACAUCACCGGAAUAUCACUCGACUCUAAUCAAGUUUUCGCCAUUACCACGACUCUUAUUGUUCUUCCGACUGUCUGGCUCAGAGACCUUAGCUUAUUGUCCUAUCUCUCAGCCGGAGGUGUCUUCUCUUCAAUACUGCUUGCGCUUUGCCUCUUUUGGGCUGGAUCAGUCGACAAGGUUGGAUUUCACCUGACCGGAAAAGCUCUCGAUUUAACUAAUUUACCCGUCGCUAUCGGAAUCUACGGGUUCGGUUUUGGGAGUCACUCUGUUUUCCCCAACAUUUACUCAUCCAUGAAAGAACCUUCCAAGUUUCCUACGGUGCUUCUUGUCAGUUUCGCGUUUUGCACGCUAUUUUACAUCUUUGUAGCGGUUUGUGGAUACACCAUGUUUGGUGACGCGAUUCAGUCCCAAUUCACAUUGAACAUGCCUCAACAUUUCACCUCAUCCAAAAUUGCAGUCUGGACAGCGGUGGUUACACCAAUGACGAAAUACGCUUUAACGAUCACUCCAGUUGUUCUUAGCCUAGAAGAACUUAUACCGUCUUCGUCAAGAAAGUUGAGAUCCAAAGGAGCCUCUAUGGUUUUCAGAACCAUCUUAGUUCUCUCUACUUUGGUCGUUGCACUCACUGUUCCGUUCUUCGCAACUGUCGCGGCUCUCAUUGGAUCUUUCAUCGCAAUGUUGAUUGCGUUAAUAUUCCCGUGUCUAUGCUAUCUCAGCAUUAUGAAGGGUAGAGUAACUAACGUUCAGAUUGGAAUUUGUAUUUUCAUCGUCAUCAUCGGUGUUGUGAGCGGUUGUUGCGGGACGUAUUCCGCUAUCGCCAGAUUAAUCGGAGAAAUGACCUGACAAACUCUAUUAGAAGCCGGUUGAGUGAUAAAAUAUCAGUUUUGUGUCGUAUUUUCAUUUUUUAAAAACCAAUAAUAAAGAAUAUUUUGAGAAAUGGGACUGUUGAUACAGUUUUGGAAGUUAGUCAAACGAAAAGAAAAAUAUUUUCGUAGAAUACAAAUCCUAAGAAUAUCGUCAG